GUGAUUGAAUUUUAAUUAACCCCCUGCCUUCACUCUCUCUCUCUCAUCUUUCCUUCCCUUCUUAUCUUCCCCCCCUUCGGCCUCUUUCCUUUCUCUCUUCAUUCACUGUCCACACAUACGCAUUCCACAACAACUCUAUCUCUUUGUCAAAACCCUAAACUGAUUUCACCAUGAAAGGAGCCAAAUCAAAGACUGGUACCACCAAAAAGUCUGAUAACAAGUUAUCAGUGAAGAGAAAAGCACCUGCAAGUGAAAGAGCUGGAAAGAAACCAGCAAAGAAGGAAAAGCCAGUGAAAGAUCCAAACAAGCCUAAGAGGCCUGCUAGUGCCUUCUUCGUUUUCAUGGAGGAAUUUAGGCAAACAUUCAAGAAGGAACAUCCUAACAACAAAUCAGUCUCUGUUGUUGGAAAAGCUGGAGGAGAUAAGUGGAAAUCUCUAUCUGAUGCUGAGAAAGCUCCUUAUGUAGCAAAAGCUGAAAAGAGGAAGACCGAGUACAAUAAAGUCAUGCAAGCCUACAACAAGAUACAGGCUGAAGGAGCAGCAGAGGCUGAGGAUGAAGAUGAAUCCGAUAAAUCAAAAUCCGAAGUGAAUGAUGAUGAAGAUGAUGAAGAAGAUGAGAGCGGUGGAGAGGAAGAAGAUGAAGAUGACGAGUAGAAGGAAAACGAGUAGAAGGAAAACGAGUACAGACAGAAGAAUAACAAUUUGAUGUUUUAGUAGUAGUUGUUUAAUGAUGAAACUUCAAAUUUCUACUGUACCUAUUUCCUUCUAUGUUUCAAUGAUCAGCAGCUUUAGUCCCAUUUUCAUUUUGGUUCUCUAGAUGUUUCUCUUAGUAUUUGUGCAGCUUAAUUCCAAGUCUCUAAAGCAAGUUAUAUGCUGUUUCUUGUGUUGUAGAAUGUGCACAGCUUAAUUCGUAGUUUCUUAAUCAUUA